UGUGUGAGUGUGUAUGAGCCGGUGCCGUGUGUACGUGUGUUUGUGCCACGUGUACGUGUGACUGGGUGGGAGGUGGGGAGGACCCUCUCUAUCGGGCCAGGCUCGAUUUUAUAUACCGUUUUCGGUCGCGUUUCUAUCCGAAACCCAAACCCAGCCGAAAACGUUGAGCGUAUGUGUGUGUGUGUGUCGAGAAGGAGGGGGAGGGGGGGAGUGUUAGCAUUGCAGCCAGUCCAGGCCGCUGCUAGGUGCAGUUAGAUUUUUGCCCGUUCGCCGUUUGCGCAGUCGCACCUUGCGCCAUCUGGGAAGAAGGACCCGGGUGGGUUAGAUUCCGUGCGUUUCGGCAGCGUACUGCGCUACAGUUUGGGCCAGUUCUCGAGCUGCAAUCGCACGAGUCUGAUCGGGUGGCUAAACUGGAAAGAAGAUUUGUCACUGGCGUAGAGUGAAAGAGAGUGAAGAUAUUGAAAGGAUACUACAUCAUGUCCAGCGGGUGGACCAGCACACAACCCGUAGCCAUGGCCGUAGACGUCUAGGACCUGUAUAACUCCAACCGUUGAGAAGUCAGUCAGUGGCCACGGCAGAACAGCAGACACCAGAAACCAGAAAGGGUCAAGAUCGUAUAACGGGGAAGGUGAAGUGCAGACUGAAUGUUAGUGUGUGUGUGUGGGUGUGUUAGUACAUUGGUUUGUCUCAUUUAACAGUGCCGGGGUUAAGUUUAUCGUCACCAAAUGCCGGAAGCAGCCAACCCUUCCAUCGACCAUGUGAACCUCCAGCAGUGCGUAUGAGUAGUGCCAGUGUCCGUGUGUGUGGGUGUUGUGUGUCGUUUUGCAACUACCUGCGGAUGCACCAUUCGGUGUGUGCGUGUGUGUGAGAGUGCGUGUAGUGUAAUUUGUGAGUGAUCCAUUUCCGGCCCUGUCGUGGGGGAGCUCGCUAACGUGUUGUGUGUGUGUGUGUAUUUUGAGAGCACCACCCCACCGGCGACCCCACCAAGUGAGUUCUCGGGCGUUGGGGGUUGUUGGCUCACCUAACAACUGGGAGUGUACAUCCUGUGUCAUCGAGCGGUUUGUGGUUCCGAUACCAUUUCCGACUGAAAAUUUGUCAAGAGAAGAGAGAGAGAGAGAGCGAAAGAGAUUGAGACGAAGAAUCGAUUUAACUACAUUGCAUCAACUAAAAGAAAAAGACGACCAAGGUUUCUGGGUUUAUUAAUACUGUAACAACUGAUACCCAAGUUUCGCCAGCGGAAAGGAAAUCAUAAGUAUGCGUCUGGUACUGAUUGUGAUCUACCUGAUACUGAUAAUGCCCAUCACCGGCCUGUGGAGAGCCGAAGGUAGCAAUGUGCUGCUCGAUCCGGACCGGGUCUGCGAAAGCAAACACCGGAAGUCGCGACGCCUUUCGGGGAAGCUGGCCGACAUCUGCAAAAACGACACGUCGCUGAUGCGUGAAAUUCACCGAGGCAUCAGUUUGGGCUUUCGGGAGUGUGAGAACCAAUUUCGACACAACAUGUGGAACUGCUCCUGGACCAUCAAACGUAGUAUGCGCCGAAUUCUGGCCAAAGAUACGCGCGAGACAGCAUUCGUGCACGCGAUCACGGCCGCCGGUAUAACGUACGCGGUGACGAAGGCUUGCACGAUGGGCGACCUGCUGGAGUGUUCCUGCCAGAAGCACUCGAAAUCGAAACCCUCGGACGAGGGAGGACGGCGUGGUGGACGGGGCGGCGCUGGGUACCGGCCGGCCGGUGGCAAUCGUCGCCGCGUCGGCGGUGGCAACCGGGCAUCCAACCCGAACAGCAUCCUGAUUGCGCCCUAUCAGCAAAAUGUCAAUGCGAAUCCAGCCUACAGCACGCUGACAGCGGCCGAGAUUGCGAGAAAUGGUCGGGCGCAGGCAGUGGGCCGUCGGCCCAACAGCGGACGCUCCCAGCGGCAUACGCCCAAGGGAGCGAAUGGUGGUGCUACCGGUGGUGGUGGUAGCAGUGCUGUUGGACAGUUGGGCCCGAAUGCCGCCGGUUUACCGAAGGAGCUUCCCACGCUCACGAUACUGACCGGCCAGGAAGACAAGUGGAAGUGGGGCGGCUGCGACGAUAAUGUAAACUUUGGCGUACGAAAAUCGAAAGACUUCCUCGACGCGCGGUUGCGCAAGAAGAGCGACAUCAAGACGCUGGUCCGGCUGCACAACAAUGACGCGGGCCGAUUGGCCGUCAAGCAGUUCAUGCGCAUGGAGUGCAAAUGUCACGGGCUGUCCGGGUCCUGCACGACCAAAACCUGCUGGAUGAAGCUGCCCCCGUUCUCGGAGGUAGGCGCCCGGCUGAAGGAACACUUUGACGGCGCAACCAAGGUAAUUGCGCGGAACGAUGGGCACAGCUUCAUGCCGGACGAUGCGACGAUCAAGCUGCCGACCAAGCGGGACCUGGUGUACACGGAGGACUCAGACGACUUCUGCGAGCCGAACGCCAAGACGGGCUCACUCGGGACGCACGGCCGGGAGUGUAACAUCACGUCGAGCGGCGUGGACGGCUGCAGCCUGAUGUGCUGCAAGCGGGGCCAAACGCACAGCCAGAUGGAGGUGAAGCGCAACUGCAACUGCAGCUUCAAGUGGUGCUGCGAGGUGACGUGCAGCACCUGCAUCGACAUACAGGAUGUGUACACCUGCAAAUGAGUGGUUCGGUCGUUAGUAUUGGGUUAGAUGUUUAGGGGUUGAGAGUAGAAGCUAGAGAGCUCUAGUACAACCACGGCGAGUGCGAUUCCGCGUCCCCAAGUGGUGAAAAGUGUUUGUGUAAGUUAUCAGGGAAUAAAGGGAAAAGAGGGCAAACAAAAACUGGAGGAAUGCAGGAAGAACAGUUGGAAAGGACAUACAAAAGAUGGGAAAAAUGAGCUAAAUAAGAAGGAAGGCGGCAGGUAUGCGUCAAACUAGAAAUGUUAAAGACUGACUGAAAUUAGUUGUGAAAUUUAAACCGAAUUGAGCACCUUUCAAUAUUGCGUGAGAACCGUGCAGUGAGAAUGAGUGCAAGAAAAAAGAAAGAAAGAAAGAAAGAAAAAGAGAGUACAGAGAGGAAGUAUUGGAGCGAGACACUAAAAUGUGCGAAAAUAACAGUUAUCAGAGAGCAAAUACUGAGUGUACAUACCGAAAAGAGGAUUUAAAAAACCCAGCAUCCCUCCCCUUUACAAGUUUCCUUCCCUCUCCUUAAAAAUCAUGUAUUAAUCUAAACUCUAAUGCUUUUUGUGAUCUGUGGUGAACACACUACCGUAAACCGAUUAUGAUAUUUAUUGUUAAGUGCUACACGAUCGUGUACGAUCGAACGAUGACUGUGCAUGCGCGAACGAAUCGAACGAAAGAAUUUAGGGAAGAAGCGGGGAGCGGGUGGUCAUUUCUUUUUUGUUUUGGCAGCAGAUGAUGAUCAUAAUAAAAUGCAAAAAUCAAACAACGCAACAACAGAAUCGCACACCGAA